AUGGCGUCGUUCUAUGGAAACAAGUCGACCACGCUUGAUCUUCUUGGGUUGGGGAUUGGAGCUGGUGGAGCCUUCAUUGCUAGCUUCUCGGCUUUGUUCACUUCCAUUGGAAGUGGGCUUGAUGUUGCGAUAAUAAAACGACACCGUUUUGAAUGUUAUUUAAAUAAAUUGAAGGACAAUACCAACCAAACAGUUUUGCAGGGAAAAAAAUUGCCUAUAUAUCCCGCGUACCACUCCUUAUACGCACCUCAUCGUCGAUUCUCCUGCUCGAUCGCAGUCACCAAAGUCGCUCCUCCUCUAUCAUCGCAGUUGCCUGUAUCGCUUCUUCGACCAAGCAUCAGAGGCGCUUCGAGAAGUACUUGGGCCUCCAUUGUUAGCACCACCAUCACCAUUUUUCUGCUACUACCAGUUCGCCUAUCUUCAAACAACCCUGAGAUCAGAUCCCACAUAUAUAUCAUCUUAGUGUAUGAAGAAACAGCUGGGUUGACGGUCAAUGAUCCUAUUUUACGAACACACAAGCCUUUGUUGGUGGAGUUGGGUCCUGGAAUCUUGGGGAAUAUAUUUGAUGGUAUUCAGAGGCCUCUAAAGACCAUCGCAAAGCGAUCUGGUGAUGUGUAUAUCCCUCGUGGUGUCUCUGUCCCGGCCCUUGACAAGGACACCCUUUGGGAAUUCCAGCCUAAAAAAAUAGGUGAGGGAGGUCUUGUGAUAGGGGGAGACUUAUAUGCUAUUGUCUUUGAGGACAGUUUAGCACAACACCAUGUUGCACUUCCUCCUGAUUCUAUAGGAAAGAUAACCUCCAUUGCACCAGUUGGUCAAUAUUCAUUGAAGGUUUGUCUAAUUUAUUUUUUGUUUUUGUCAUUCAACGUUGGCUAUUCUUUGUAUGACAUCCUUAAGGUCAAGUCAGUAAUCUUUUGAACUAUGUUUUAUUUGCAUUUACCAUGCACCUGGACAAUUUUGACUCAGAUAUAUAUGGUAG